ACUAUUGUGGACUUGAGCGGAGGAGAGAUCGAGAAUGUAAAUCACACUAUUGCCUGGACAAAUGGAGUUUACUUACUGCAGUAUCGGCGCUGGACUGAAACGAUAAAGUUUCCUCCUGUUGGAGCUUUGUGGGUGGUUAUGAUGGAGAAGUGUUUGUGGUGUACCACAUCGCUUGAGGCAGAGGGUGAUGUGGCCAUGGUCGCCUUGUUGCAUCGCUACUGCUCGGGGCUGCUGUCUGAAAGAGAGAUGGACUCUCUGAAUGAAGACCUCAAGUGCUGUCUGGAGUGUGUUGUGGAGUAUCACCGAGCCAGAGACAAGGUCCCUGAACUGCACAAGCGUCUGUGGGAAAUGGAGAAGGCUCGACUCCUACAGGUAUUGAGAUCCACGUUGGAUCAGGAGCUGGAGGAGGAGGAUGAUGAUCUCUUCAUCAUUGAAGAUGAUCUUGAACAACCAGUGUCAAAGAUCUCUCCCAUAGAAUUCCAGAUCAGACUGCGCUUCCCUCUGUUUGAAGUUCUGAAAUAUCCGUACCUACUCUGCUACCGUGAGCUGGGUGAUCUGGUGGUUAAGGCCUUGUGUACAUUGCAGGAUAUGAAACAGUCUUUGAAUGUGUUUGAGAAGUAUCAAGGAACAUAUCUGCUUCUAGUUCAUCCCAAUGAAAAGGUGCGUCGUUGGGCAAUUGAUGCAGCGAAAACCAUGAGGAGUGUGGACCGGGAUGCCUACUAUGACCUCCAAGAAAUCUUCUCUUGCAUGUUUUAUGUGAUCGAGCUGGGAAUUUCUCUGGAUUUUCCAGAUUUGGAUCAAGAGUCUUACGCAGAAGGCACUGUACCAAGGCUUCCCUCUCACCUCUAUGACUCGCACAAUAAGAAAAACUACUGGCUAGGCAUCUGUAUGUUACUAACGCAGCUAAGUGCUGAGGCAAUGGACUCUUUGUUCAUGGGACAGUUCAAUAUUCCACUCUGCAUAAUCAACACAAUUGAAGGGUUGAAAAAUGAGGAUGACCCAGCUUCUGACCCAUUCUGGCCAGCUCUCCACUGUUUUAUGGUGAUUCUGGACCGGCUUGGUUCUAAGGUCUGGGGUCAGGUAGACCCUAACAUGGCUUUCCAGACCAUCACUGGAGCAGCCAGCUAUGUUGCGGAAAUUAGAAACGUCCAACAAAAAACCAUUGGGAGGAUGGUUAAAAUGGAGCCAGAGAUUGAUGACAAUGUGGUGACUUGCAGUCAGAUAGUGUAUGACUGUUAUGGGUCCAAAAAGACAAGACAAGAGUCUGGCUCAUCGUACUUCAGUGGUAUUUGCAACUAUGUGAUCUAUGAGGACAUGCAAUCUCUGGUCAAUGUGCUUGAUUCUGAGAUGGGACAGAGCAUGCGUGUAUACGGCAGCACUUUUCUGUGGUUCAUUCCAUUUGUCCGUUCCAUAAUGGAACUUCCGGAGCUGAACGCCUCCUAUAUUAGUGAGGUCAUCCACUACCUUUGUGAUAAGAUACGAGAUAAUCGAACCAUGCUAACUGGACAGACAAAUUUAUAUGACAAAGUGACAGAGUUUUUCACCCGCAUCCUCAUUCAAAUCAUUGAGUUGCAUUCUAGUAAAGGACGUAUGGGAAUACUCUCUCAAUGUGCCCCCAAGUGGGUGGAAGUGAUUGUCAUGUGUACGGUUCUAUCUGAUGAACAAUGGAAUGCUGUACCUCCAGACAGGAUGGGUGGAAUUCACAGAGUCAGUUCAACUUCAAACUCCCUAGGUGUGGUAGGGCAACUACCUGCAUCUGGAGGUGGCACUGGUGCCAUAAUUCUAGGCUGCAUGAUGCUGAUUCGACAACUGCUGAAGGAAAGGAUUCGGACCGGAUCUGACCCCCAUUCUACCCAUUUUCUGAAUUUGCUUAACAAGCAGCUACGUGGAGUUCCAAACAAACGAUGGAGCCUGACAUCUUCUGAAUCUUCUGAGCUUCAGCAAUGUUUAGUAAGAGUGGUCCGGUCAUUCCCAGAACGAUCCAGUUCUCCUGCUUUAUUUCUUGCCCCAUCCACAAAUGUAGUACCUCCAAAUGCUGUUAUUUCCAAAAAUUCAAUUUCAUCACCACAUCAGAAACAUGGACACCAGGAGGCAGGUCCAAGCAGAGCAGGACAUGGGUCUGCUUUGAUCAAAGAGGAGCCACUUUGGGAUUAUGUAAAGGAUAAGGAUUUGCGUGGUUUUCAGGACAUCAUAAAAGCUAAAAAGGAACCUACUGACCCAGUGCAGAUUUCAGAAAUGAUACCUGAUGUUAAGUUUGCGCAUAUUAAAUCAGAAUUGGGGAACGUGUCUAGAAGUUCUUGUUCUUACUUUAAGGAGGAAUAUAAUUUUAAAGCUGAGGAUGAUGAUGGUUAUGAUGACGAGCCCCUUGAUAUCAGACGAAACCGCUUGAUGAAAUCCCACAAGCUUAAAUCUAGUGAUUCUGAAGUGGAUGGUAUUGAUGUGCAAUUGCAUAGCAGGACCACUGGAACCUCAAAGGGAAUCCUAGAAUCCAGUACCUUUAUCUCUGAUAACAAAGUUUCUGAAAAUGAUGAAAGACCAUCAAAGGAGAUCCUGAGUUCUUGUAAUAAAAUAUUUCCAGUUAAGAAUGAAUUUCUAGAAGAUCCAGACUCUCAUGAGAGUCCUGUGCGAGACUACAAUGAUCUCAGUGAUUCGGAUGUUGAUCCAUCGGUCUUUACGAACAAGCUCACAUUAGACCAUACACUUGAACAAGGGCUGGAGCCUGCUCCUAAUGACUUCUCUCCCUCGUGGAGUACAGGGAUCCAACUAGUUCCAGAUGAGAACAUUGAGAGGGCCUGUCGUCAAGCAGAAGAUAAGAUCAGACAACAGCAGCAACCACAAGAGCCAGCUGUUUCCUGUGCACUGUCAUCAUCCAAAGCAGCCUGUAUUGCAGAAAACUUUGAAUUAAUUAAACCUAAGCCUCCACCAGACACAAGCCAGAAACGAAAUCAGUCUGAUAAGAGAGACAUUUUGCAGUUUAAAAAGCUAUUAAUUAUUGAGGCCCUUGGUCAAGAAAUCAGGCACAACCUCCGGAAACGACGCUCUUUAUCUCAGGAUAACAGUCCUCCAACCGCUUCUACUUCAUCGACUCUGCCAUCUCACUCCAUGUCCUCCAGCUCAGUUUCUUCUCCUACUUCUGCCUCCACGUCGCGUGGCGUGCCUGCCAUUGUUCCACCAAAGAAGGUUUGUGAAGCUGUAGAGCCAAAAUCAACAGCGGAGCAUUUGGGAUUGAAAAAGAAGGAAAGAAGAGCUUUUGAUCUUCCUCAGCAUUCCCUGGAUAGUGUUGCUAAAUUGCGGUGCCAUGGCCAGAACGUGCAAUUGGAGCCAAAACCAAAGAGAAGCCGAGUGUGUCACACCAAUAAGACAUCUCCACAGAAAUGUAUGGGAAAGGGCAACAAGAAACUUUUGGCAUCUCAAGACAUGCAGUUUUUCAGGCAAAGUCGUGAGAAGCAUCAGAGGCCAACAACUUUAUCCCCCACAACAAUGGCUCCCCAACAGACAAGGAGCCCCCAGCCAGGUGAAAUACACCUGUCGAAACCUACAGUUGCAGCCAAAGAGGAUUGUACAUUCUUUCCCUGUCCUCCGCCAGAUCCUGACCCUCAGCAAGAUAAUGAAAAGGCUGCAACCAGAAUAAAAAACAACACUAGUGAAAACAUUGAGGCUAGAGGGGAUGGGGUUGGAAAUGGUAGUAUGGAGUCCAAAAACGUUGAGUUUACUGAUGUCGGGGUCAACACCGAAGGGGGAACAAAUGCAAAAGAGGAGUUUGAUGUUGAUUGGAUGUUCCUCACUCAGACUGGAGCCUCAGAUAUGGAACUAUGCUCCCAUUUGGAUCAAUUUGAGGAAGAAAAUGAAGCACCGUUUCUUACCCAGAGAGAUCCUGUUGACCGGGACCUUGAUCCAGUUAGUGAGUCAGAUACCCCAGGGCAGCCAAUAUCAGUUGCACAUAAGCCUCUGCAGACUCCUCACACCCCACAUUCAGAUGCCAUACAUAAUGAUUUGUUCCUGAAGCCUGGUAUAUCACCUAUGUCUCAGAAAAAGGCCAAACCUUCCACCACAAAAAUAUACACUCCCAGCUCCCGCAGUGAGUCACUUGUCCGAGAAAUGGAGAAAGGAGCCAAGCCUCCUCUUGCACCAAAUGUUGUAAAACCGAAGGUUUUCCGUUCCCCUUCAGCAAUUGUACCCACAAAAACAAUUCCUACUUUACCUUCUCCACAAUUGCCACAGCCAUUCCCUUCUAAACAAAUAUAUCAUAGACCUGAAACUCCAGUUCACAAACCAGUGCCCGUGAGAGAUACAAGCCCAGAGUUUGACCUUUCAGUCUUGACCCAAGCAAUACUUAAGUGGGAAUAUAGGAUGCUUAAGAACUACAAAACAUUUGGGAGUCCAGAUGACCUGUGCUCACUGCCAUUGAAGGAAGUCCCAUUGACAUUCCCUAGCUACCUAGAGUACUUUAACACCUUGUACCCUCUGCUGCUAAUUAACUCAUUUGAAGAGAUGGCUAGCGAAUGGCUCAAGGAGGGGAGAGUCAGUCUAUUUCUUAAUGUCCAGGGUGUUGAGUACAGAAAUUGCACAGCUAGCGCCAGCUUCAUGGUGGACCUUAAUCCAGACCGUGAAAAGAAACGACAUUACCCAAAAGAGGAUGACCUUGUGCUGCUUUAUCUGCUGGAGAACACUGGGGAAUAUGCAAAUGAUGAAUCUGAUGUCAAUGAAUCACAAUCUUAUUUUGGUUAUGUGUCCCGGUCCAGUGUUUCCAACAGAGGACCAGGUUCUCACUCCAUCCUAAACCUGACUAUCCAGACACGUGGAAACGUAUCUUUGGUGAAUUCCAAGAUUGUGCACUGCAAAGUUAUUGGAUCUUUGAUCAGCACAUUCCGGGAGUUCCGUGCACUGUGUUUGCUGCGAAAUGGACCGAUGUUGCGUCCUUUUCUUGCUCCACAUUUGCCAAAGUUCACACACACUAGGGAUUACUUGCAGGAACGGGAUCCACCAGGUUACAACGAAAACCAGGCCAGAGCAAUAGCUUGUGCUCUUGCCAUGAUAAAGAGACCAAAGAUGACCCCAGAGUUUCUGAUCAUUCAUGGUCCUCCAGGAACUGGGAAGAGUAAAACCAUUGUCGGCCUUCUGUUUAAGCUGUUGUCUUCGGGGAGUAAUGGUGUUGCUCCAGAGGGAAACCUUCCCUCCAAGACUCGGCGGACACGCGUUCUGCUCUGUGCUCCCUCUAAUACUGCCAUCGACAGUCUGAUGAAGAAAGUCAUUGUCAUCUUUAAAGAGAAAUGCCGUGAUAUCAAAAGUCCGCAAGGUAAUUGUGGUGACAUAAACCUGGUAAGGUUAGGAAGUGAGAGAACCAUCUCAAACUCUCUGAAACACUUCAGCCUCGACCACCAGACUAAAGUUAGAGCAGAGCGAUUCCAGCAGACUGUAGAAGCUGAUCUACAAAGGCAGAAGGAGCAACUGGACCAGAGCAUUGAAAAUCUCUCCCAACGCUGCGCAAAGGCCAAAAAGGAUUCCGCUGAGUUCAAGACAUUGAUAGAGGAAAAGUUGCAGCUUCUAAAGGAGAGAGAAGGACUGAGUCGAAAGAUUAAAGCGUAUCGUGCUAAGAGACAGGAAACUCAGGCCGUUGUGCUGCAGAAUGCUCAUGUGAUCUGCUGCACGCUCAGCACCAGUGGAAGUAUCGUUCUUGAGAACGCGUUCCGUCGACAUGGACGUGAACCCUUCAGCUGCAUCAUCAUCGAUGAGGCUAGUCAGGCGAAAGAAACGGAGACGUUGAUCCCAAUGUUAUACCGAUGCCCUACCGUAAUCCUUGUUGGUGAUAUCAAUCAGCUUCCACCAACGGUUGUCUCCAAGAAAGCAAAGGAGUUUGGCUAUGACCAGUCUCUUAUGGCGAGGUUAUGUAAAAGCCUUCAGUCGAACCCUCAACCCUCUCCCAUCCUCUUCCUCAAUGUGCAGUACCGCAUGCACCCGGACAUCUGCGAAUUCCCUUCAAAGUACAUCUACAACAAUGCGCUGAAGACUGACCCUGAGACGGCUGGAAAACGCUGGCACUUAAAACCCUACAGAGUGUUCGACGUGACUGAUGGACGAGAGAAUAAAGAGAGAGAUUCAUUUAUUAACCUCAAAGAGGUGAAGCUGGUAGUGCUGCUGCUGAAACUUCUGGUUGAGAAGUCUGUGCGGGUGGGUGUCAUCACGCCCUACAAUGCCCAGAAACAACGGAUACUGGAUGCCAUCGGGGAGUCUGGCAUCGAUAAGCACCUUCAGGUGGAAGUGGAUACUGUCGAUGGCUUUCUGGGCAGAGAAAUGGACUGCAUCAUUAUGUCUUGUGUGAGCACCAGCAGUGAAAUGGGUUCCAUUGAGUUUGUCGGAAAUCGGCAGAGGAUGAAUGUGACCAUUACGAGAGCCAAAUUUAGUCUCUUCAUACUGGGACAUCUACGCACACUCCGGCAACAGCGCGAUUGGGGAGCGUUGAUCGAGGACGCCUGGAAACGUGGAACUAUAAUCAAGACACUGGAGCGAGAUUUCCAAAGCGACGCUAGAAAGAUCCUUAAACCAGCUGAGCUGUCCCGCAGUCUCUCUCAUCCACCUAUUCGCAAACCAAGCACUGUGACAUCACCUGUCACGCAUGGCCCAAUGGAAACCGCUCAAGCCUCCACAUCACGUAACCACCGCAAGGUUGAGCAACGUCUGAGCAGGUCUUCUUCUAUGGCCAGCGCUCAGCCUCAACUGCCAAUGCCACGGAUGAUACCUUUGGACUGCCCUAGAGGCCCUCAAACGACUGACAGACCCACUGACCCCCGCUUUGCAGAGCGUCAGCCAAUCAGAGAACAGAGACUGGACAGAGAGGGGCAGGGCUUAUCAGCGUCACACCAUCUGACACACAGAGCCACUUCGUAUGAUAGGGACUCUCGAAAUGGAGACUGGGGCUCUCGAAAUGGAGACUGGGGCUCUCGAAAUGGAGACUGGGGCUCUCGAAAUGGAGACUGGGGCUCUCGAAAUGGAGACUGGGGCUCUCGAAAUAGAGACUGUGACUCUCGAAAUAGAGACUGUGACUCUCGAAAUAGAGACUGUGACUCUCGAAAUGGCGACUGGGGCUCUCGAAAUGGCGACUGGGGCUCUCGAAAUAGCGACUGGGGCUCUCGAAAUAGCGACUGGGACUCUCGAAAUAGGGACUGGGACUCUCGAAAUACCUCCCGGUUUUCCCGAUACCCUUCAAAACACUGCAGGAGAUAACUGAAUGAUCCCUGUUUUUAUUUGUCAUUAAAGUUUCACAGAAAUGCAUUAAGAGAGAUUUUCUUUCUCCAAUGUCGUCCUCUUUCAAAUGUUUUGUGAGCUCAAUAUGCACAAAGCGUCCGUAUUAAAAGUCUCUCUCAGGCAAUGGUUUAAGAGAUGCUUUUUGAUCUUUGAUAUGUCUUGUAAUUUGCUGCUAUAAGUAUGAAAUGGAUAUUAAAUUAUGUUCAUGAUGUUUUUUGCCCAAAUAAUAUGCACAUAGACAAUCAAAAGAAAAAAAUGCGAUUGCCCUUUCAUACCGUUGAACCUGCUCAAAAAUAACAAUUUAGUGGUUUUUGAUUCUCUAUUGUUUUUCACUUAUUUGAAUGUAACAUUUUACAAGGUUUAUUGCCGGGAAGAACUUGUGUGUAAAUGCAUCUGUGCAUGAAUGCAGUGGUGUUUGUGUUUCACUGGUGGUUUUAGACUGACUGUUUAACAUGCAGAAUGAGGCGAAUAGUCCUUUUCUGUUGAACAUUGCUUAUUUUUGAGAAGGAUGACUGUUUGAAUCAUAUUUUCAGCAUUGAUUUGAUCACCAUUAAGGAGAAGUCCAAAUACAGAUUCAAGUUACAUUUACAUUUUACAAAAAAUGUCAUUUUGAGUUGUAAAAAUUGUACAGUUAAGUUUAAAAUGCAUUUGCCAGAUGCCUGGAGACAAAAAAUGGACUCACUCUAUGGGUGUUUUGAGUUUUAUAUUUGUGACCAUUUUACAAAUGUGUGUAAAGAGGCUUUAGUUUUGUAUGCUCUUUUUGUAUGUGAAAUGAUGCUCCCUUGUAGAGCAGUGUCGGGAAAUAAAACAACUUUUUUUUGUAAUUUUAUAUAUUAGGAAUCGCAUACAUGAUUUGGAUGAUCUGUUGGUGAUUUUUCAUCAAUUAAAAAAAAUUGGUACUUUGUGAUCAGCUGCAUGCCACUGAUUAAUAAUGUAUAGUCAGGACAUUAAUAAUGUGAAAAAUUACUAUUAAAUGUGAAGAAAAAAAAAAAGAAGAAAAAAUGACAAGCUUUGCAGAUCCUUGUCAUUCUAGCUGUCAGUUUGUCCAGAAACUCAGGUGACCUUUGACCCCACACUUCCUGUAGCACUUCCCAUAGAUGUGACUGUCUUGUCGGGCACUUCUUACACACCUUACAGUCUAGCUGAUCCCACAAAAGCUCAAUGGGGUUUAGAUCCGUAACACUCUUUUCCAAUUAUCUGUUGUCCAAUGUCUGUGUUUCUUUGUCUACUCUAACCUUUUUGAUUUUCUGUUUCAAAAGUGUAUUUUUCUUUGCAGUUCUUCUCUUUACUGUUGUACAUGAAACUGGUGUUUAGCGGGUAGAAUUCAAUGAAGCUGUCAGCGGAGGACAUGUGAGGCGUCUAUUUCUCAAACUAGAGACUCUGAUGUACUUAUCCUCUUGUUUAGUUGCACAUCUGGUCCUCCACAUCUCUUUCUGUCCUUGUUAGAGCCAGUUGUGCUUUAUCUUUGAAGACUGUAGUUACACCUUUGUAUGAAAUCUUCAGUUUUUGGCAAUUUCAAGCACUGUAUCGCCUUCAUUCCUCAAAACUAUGAUUGACUGAGUUUCUAGAGAAGUUUCUUUUUUGGCCUAAUAUUGACCUUAAGACAUGUCAGUCUAUUGCACACUGUGGCAACUCAAAAACAAACACAAAGACAAUGUUGAGCUUCAUUUAACGAACCAAACAGCUUUCAGCUGUGUUUGAUAUAAUGGCGAGUGAUUUUCUAGCACCAAAUGAUCAAUUUAUCAUGAUUACUCAAGGAUAAGGUGUUGGAGUGAUGCUGCUGUCUAGAUUUGAUCAAAAAUGACUUUUUUCAAAUAGUGAUGGUGCUGUUUACAUCAGUUAUGUCCUGAAUAUACUUGUGAUCAGUUGAAUGCCACUUUGGUGAAUUAAAGAACCAAUUUCC